AUGGCGAAAGGGAAGCAGGAAUCUAGCUCGCCUGACGCUCUCAAAGUUCUUAUUACCGGUGCCGCUGGGCAAAUUGCUUACAACCUUUCGAACAUGGUUGCCAAUGGUAAUCUGUUCGGCAAGGAUCAGAAGGUGAUUCUACAUCUUCUUGACAUUCCCGCUGCUGCCACUGCUCUGCGUGGUGUUGUCAUGGAAUUGGAAGACUGUGCUUUCCCUGUUUUGGAGAAAAUCGUUGCUACCUCUGACCUGAAGGAGGCCUUCGAGGGCAUUGAUGUUGCCUUACUGGUUGGCGCCAUGCCUCGCAAGCAGGGUAUGGAGCGCAGGGAUCUACUCUCAGCUAACGUGUCAAUUUUCAAAGAACAGGGCGAGGCUCUUGAAAAAUACGCCAAAAAGUCUGUUAAGGUUCUCGUUGUUGGCAACCCUGCCAAUACUAAUUGCCUCAUCAUGAGUAAAUAUGCCCCGUCUAUUCCAAAAGAGCACUUCACCGCUCUCUCCCGUCUUGAUCACAACCGUGCUUUGUACCAGGUCGCUGCCAAGUCCGGUGUCAAUGUCGGUCACGUUAAGAACGUCGUCAUCUGGGGCAACCACAGCAACACGCAAUUCCCUGACCUCUCUCACGCCACAGUUUGCAAGGGUGGGAAGCAGCACUCCGCGAAAGAGCUUAUUAAUGAUGAUGAUUGGGUGAAGAACCACUUCACCCCCUGCGUUCAGAAGCGCGGGGCUGCUGUCAUUGAGGCUCGCAAGCUAAGCAGUGCUGCUUCUGCUGCCAAGGCAAUUGUAGACCAGAUGCACGAUUGGUGGUUUGGCACGAAGGAAGGCGAGUGGGUCUCCAUGUCUGUUUACAGCAACGGCGAGUACGGCGCCCCCAAAGACGUGUACUUCAGCCUCCCCGUGACCAUAAAGAACGGCAACUACAAGGUUGUUGAGGGCCUAACAAUUGAUGCGUGUGGCAAGUGUCUCUUCGACAUUACUGCCAAGGAGCUCGUUGACGAGAGGGAGACUGCCCUUGCAUGCUUCAAGUAA